AGAAGUGAGUGAGCGAUGGUGCUUAUGCAAGGAGAUGAGACCCAUGAUCUGUUGAAUGCCCAAGCUCAUGUAUGGAACCAUUUGUUUAACUUCAUUAAUUCCAUGUCCCUCAAGUGUGCCGUUCAACUUGGCAUACCAGACAUCGUUCACAGCCAUGGCUGUCCCAUGACUCUCCCCCAGCUGGUGGCUGCACUUUCGAUCGCUCCCGCUAGAGCGGCUCAUGUGGGCCGCCUCAUGCGUUUGUUGGUCCACUCGGGUUUCUUCGCUGUACAAGAAAUCAACCACGAUCAAGGAGGAGACAAAGAAGGUUAUGUGCUCACACCUUCUUCUAGGCUCCUCUUGAGGGACACAGCUACGUGCAUUUCGCCAUUUUUGAUGAUGAUGCUAGACCCAGUUCUAGUAAAGCCAUGGCACUUCUUGAACACUUGGUUCCUAGGGGACGAUCCAACGCCCUUUCAUGUUGUGCACAGGACGGGCGUGUGGGACCGCAUGGCCCAGGACCCUGAUCUUAACAACUUCUUUAAUGAGGCCAUGGCUUGUGAUGCUCGGCUAGCCAUGAGCAUCAUUAUUAAAGAGUGCAGUCCAGUCUUCCAAGGGUUGCGGUCAUUGGUUGAUGUUGGGGGUGGCACGGGAACUGCUGCCGGGACCAUCGCCGAGUCGUUCCCACACGUGAAGUGCACCGUGUUUGAUCUACCACAUGUGGUUGCAAGCGUGCCAAAGAGUCAGAACAUAGAUAUAGUUGGAGGGAACAUGUUUGAGUCCAUCCCUUCUGCAGAUGCAGUUUUCCUCAAGUGGAUUCUACACGAUUGGAGUGACGAAGAGUGCGUGAAGAUACUGAGACGAUGCAAGGAAGCAAUCCCUUCAAAAGAAGAGGGAGGGAAGGUGAUUAUACUGGACAUGGUCGUGAACAUGAACAAUGGCGAUUACAAGUUGACGGAGACACAGCUCUUCUUCGAUCUAAUGAUGAUGGUUCUCGCAAGCGGGAAGGAGAGGAAUGAACAUGAAUGGAGAAAGAUCUUCAUCGAAGCUGGUUUCACUCACUACACGAUUACACCCAUCCUUGGUGUGCGGUCCAUUAUUGAGGUCUAUCCAUAAUUAUUUGAUGGUUUGCAGUGUUUAUUUUGUUGCUAGUACAGCUAAUUCUAGAAUUAAGAACACCUAUGCAUGGAUUUAUUAAAUGGUGUCUAUGUACUGGGCUUAUGAAAUGGGCCUCUAUGUUUGUGUACGUGUUUCAUCCGUAAUGGAAUUUGUGGUUGGAAUUGUUGGGA